UUCUGUAUAUGCCACUAUAUAUGAUAAUUAUAUUUGAAAACAAUCUUAUCACGUUAAGUGGUGAUAAACAAUUUUAUUUUUUAGCACACUGCCAGUCAUCAGCUGAUAGAUCUAGGUAUCACUUCACAGUAUUGCAAGGAAUAAGUAAUGAGCUGUCUAUGUGUAUAUUUGCUUGAAAUGAGAAAUAUAUUUACUAGGCUUGAGCCAUCUAUGGCGUGAGCUAUUCUAGGGUAAUAUUUUUUUGAUUUUGUAUGUUUUAUGCAGAAAUGGACAACUAUGCCAUAGUAGAAUUCAAUGACGGCCUUCAAAUUAUCGCUUCAAAGUGGUUGUCUGAGGACAGAAAAUUUUCAUACUGGCCAUCAUUCACCAGUAUACAAAGAUAUGACAGAGCAGUUGAGAAAAUGGAAUAUCCUGAAGACACCUGGUCACGUUUUCCAGUUCUCAGGAUAAUGGCAACUACAAAUUCGUUUCAAAAGGGGAAGUCCAAGUUAAAGCAGGCUGAAACAAUGUCCGACCUAAACACUGAUGAUAUCGAUGAAAUCCGAAAACGCCGCAGAGAAAAUGCUCAAAAAAGAAUUUGCUCUAGUUCUGAUGAUGAAGGUUCUGCACCUCCUGCCAAAAUAUCAAAACUGCCUCCAUUCCCAAAGCAGCCAUCACUACAGAUUCAGAAGAUCGGGGAAUUGGCAUCAACAUCAGGAGUGCAAAACAAUGGUUCUAUUGUUGAAAGUCAAAGUAAUGGCAGUCUUGAUCCUGCAUACAUUACAGAGAAUUCAGAUAAGCCUUUCCAAAACAUGAUGUUGAGAAUGCUGGUAGAUUUGAAACACAAGAUGAAUUCAGUGAUAUUAUCACAGCAAGAAAUUCUUCAAAAACUACAAUCUGUGAAUACUUGUGAGCCACUGACUGAAAAUGAAACAUACGAAACCGUAAUUAAUGACUUCCCUCUCCACACUGAAGAAGCCUUACAAGCACUAGAAGAGAAACUCAAAACUGAAGCAAAGUUCAAAGAAUCCAUGAUUAAGGAACUCUCAAAAUUUGGUGGGGGCGAUAUGAAAACAAUUGUGAGAAAGCUGUUGGAGUUGAUGCUUACGAACCCAUUGGGUGAUACCUACAGCUAUGUAGGGGGAAAAAAGAAGAGAGUGUUUGCAUCUUUGCAGUUAUGUAAAGUUAUUCAAGAAGUAACUCGAAAGCACAUUAAAUCUUGUACUGAUGAUGAUGUGGCAGUGUGCAUUAAAUCAUGGCUCCGUCACACGAAAGACAGGGUGCUUCGCGAACAAAAGUUGGUCAAGCCAUUGCCCCAGGCCAACGAGAACAAUGUGUAAAUGAGUCUGUAAAUAUGUCGUGUGUAAAUAUGUGUUGUAGAGAUCAAUAAAUACCAUUUAAAUGUAAAAUACAUUUUCAUUUCCUUGUCUCAUCAGUGGUGAUUUAUAAUAACUAUUUUACUUCUUCAUGGAAAUGUUUUUAUAUGGCCUGUGGUU